AUGUACUGGGCUGCUGGCUUCGCCUCUUCCCGGCCGUGUGUGGUUGAGCUCGGGCGGAAUCACAGCCUGCCCCUCGGGCUGUGCGGCUCCGAGCAGCAACAGUCUUUGUAUGGCUAUAUCAUCGCCUUCCCUUUGCAGGACUACGGGGGCAUCAUGUCGGUUCUGGGCUCGGAUUCCUGGUGGAAGAAGACCCUGUACAUCACCGGGGGGGCCCUGCUGGCUGCUGCAGCCUACCUACUGCACGAGCUGCUCGCCAUCAGGAAGGAGCAGGAGCUGGACUCUAAAGACGCCAUCAUCCUUCAUCAGUUCUCCAGGCCAAAGAAUGGCGUGCCCAGCCUCUCACCCUUCUGCCUCAAAAUAGAGACGUACCUGCGCAUGGUGGACCUGCCCUACCAGAACUACUUUGAUGGGAAGCUGUCGCCGCAGGGGAAGAUGCCCUGGAUUGAGUACAACCACGAGCAGGCUUCAGGGUCAGAGUUCAUCGUAGACUUCCUGGAGGAGAAGCUGGGUGUCAACCUCAACAUUAACCUCACCCCGCAGGAGAAAGCCGUGUCCCGAGCCGUCACCAAAAUGGUCGAGGAACACCUGUACUGGACGAUAGCCUACUGUCAGUGGGUGGACAACCUGGAGGAAACUCAGAAGCUUCUGGCGAUGAGCGGCCCCCUGAGCGACACGCUGAAGUGGCUGCUGAGCCACCUGAACGGCAGCAUGGUGCGCAGGGAGAUGUACGGCCACGGCAUCGGACGCUUCUCGAAGGAGGAGGUCUACGCACUGAUGGAGAAGGACAUGAGGACGCUGGCCACACUGCUGGGAGAUAAGAAGUACUUCAUGGGUUCGAAGAUGUCGACAUUAGAUGCUACAGUGUUCGGGCAUCUCGCCCAGGCCAUGUGGACUCUGCCCGGGACACGACCGGAGCAACUCAUCAAAGGAGAGCUGAUCAACCUGGCCAUGUUCUGCGAGCGGAUGCGGAGGAGGUUCUGGCCCGAGUGGUUUGUGGAGGUGGAGGAUCUUUAUUACGAUGGAGACAGCGAGAGCAGCGGCGGCCGCGGCUCCCCAUCAGGCCUGCUGGACUUUGGCCUCUUCUCCAGGACUGACACUUUGGACGACAGCGACGGCAGCAGCCACUCAGCUGGACACACGCAAACACACUCCCCCGACUCCGACCACUCGCUCUUUGACUCGGAUGUGGGCACGGGAUCUGACAAUGACAUUCAGCUCAAGGAGGACAUAAUGCCCGACCUGGAGGUUUGACCUGAGAACGACGGGAGAUGAGAACUGUGUCAGUAAGCUUGAAAAAUCUGGCCGUCUGGACAAGUUGCCAGACGGCAGCUCUCACAGCUGAAGAAACUAUUUCAGCUCCUCAACCUCGAGAUGAAAAACCCUCCUGAUGGACAGACUGGGUAUGAAUAUGCAGAGCAUCCAAACUGAACCUCAUAACACACAUGCUACUGUCCGGUCUGCCCCCUCCUGUAACAUCAGAACUGUCCCAGUGGCAGUUUCUCUUUGCCUUAUUUGUCUCAUCCUAAGAUGCAGAAGCCGGUGCGAAAGGUUAACGCAAAGAAAACAUCUCAUCUCAUGAAAGCGGCAGAGGAGCGGCGCAGACGAGACAGGUGGCACUUCACUUGCUGUGAAACGACGCAACUAAUCACUACUUCUGCCAUGUGUCUUAACGCACAAACCCGUUGGAACAGGUGGAGAUUGAUCGUGUGGCUGAAAGACACAGCUGCCGUGUCUCGGCUGUUAACCAUCCGUGUGCUGGGGAGGAUACACAGAUGACACUGGGUGCUAGUCUAGAUUGAUCCUCGUGUCAUUUCCUUUACGUUACUGGAAGAACUGUAUCAAAACAUGAUGUAUGUCUCCACCAGAAGACCACAACCUGAGCUGCACCCAGAGGGGAGAGAGGAGUAGAUUUGUGCCUGUUUUAUCAUCCUUAUUUCUCUCCAUUUAGUGAUUAUUUGCUUGCACUUUGUUAUUGCGGAAGUUGGAGCUGUCAGUUAUUGAUUUUAACAGCUUUGGCUUUAGCUGUAAUUCAUAUAUUUGACCACUAGAUGGAGGCAGCAGCCAGCCUGAUGACUCCUUAAUUCUGUAACAUCAAGGUCAUCCCACCCCGAGGACCUGCAGUCUAUUUAACACUGCAACUAAUUUAUCCUUUAGUCCUAAAUUUUAAUAUUGUGGUUCCCAUUUAUAACCUGUCAGUCUGUGUGCAGGUUUCAUGAGUGCACGUAUGCAUACUGCGACUGAGCUCAGCAACUAAUCAGCCUUAGUUCUUUCAGUUUAAAGAAAUGGGUGAAAAUAUUCCGCAACAGUUUUUGUUGUGAUAUAAUUUAUUAUCAGUGCCACUUUGUUA